AAAUUGAUCAUCUUCUGAAUGUUCAAAAGUUUGUAGAACUGGUUGUGGUUGCUGAUAAAUCAAUGUAUCAUAAAUAUGGCAAGAAUACGAAAUAUGUGAGAAACAGAAUAUUUGCAAUAGUUAAUGUCAUGAAUUUGGAUUACAAGAUGUUAAACAUUUCUGUGGUUCUUGUUGGGCUUGAGAUCUGGAAUACCAAGGAUCAGAUUGAAGUAAGCACUUCAUCUGAUGAUACUUUGACAACGUUUUCUACAUGGAAAAAGGAAAAGUUAUUGCCUAGAAUAGCACAUGACAAUGCUCAACUUAUCACGGAUACAAACUUUGAGGGUACUACAAUUGGAGAGGCAUAUAUCGGGGAUAUGUGCAGUGAACAAUUUUCUGCAGGAGUCGACCAGGAUCACAGCAGUUCAAAAGUUUCUGUUGCAUCCACUUUAGUCCAUGAGAUGGGCCACAACCUGGGAAUGGAUCAUGAUCAGGAGAACUGCUCAUGUUCCGCAGGGUCUUGCUUCAUGUCACCAGUUCUCAGGUAUGAUCAGAAAUGUUAG